AUAAAAACAAAAUAAACAUAACCAACCAAACCAGGAAAGAAGGAAACAUUUUAUUCAUCAUGAUUUAGAAAACAUAUCAAAAUUAUUCUCCAAAUUUAAGUGAAUUUACAACAAAAAAUGAGUAAAACAAAAAUCGAAUUGAAAGGAUCCCCUCGCGGGACUCCCCGGGCCUCUCUCAUCGGAAAUGGCGACGAUGAGGAUGGAACAAAACCUGAUUUUAUUUAUGGAGGUCCUUUUAUCCCCGUAGAAAAACCAUCACCAUUUUUAAGUACCUCCACGCCUAUUAAUAUUCAGCUGCAAGGAACGUUUAAGAAGAGUUUUGCCUUUCAUUGUCUGAAGGAAAGACUGCCAGUGAUAUUGACAAAAAUUAUAGAUUAUUGCUCUAGGAAAGGAUCCGCAAUCAAAUCUGCAAAUUCAGCUACCGAUUCUGAAAUACAGAACUUCAUUCACCAUGUGACCAAGCUGAAGAACGACCUUGUGACAAACAAGUCCUACGAUCCGUUAACUGUAGAUACGGAGGAGGCAAAGAAAUGGAACAAUUGGAUCUCAUCGCAAAACAACUCCAAAUAUUUUACGAAUAUUUAUCUGUUCACGGAAUGCUAUGUGUACAGGAAGAUCAGGGAGGCCUGUGAGCUCAACGUCCAUUUACUCGGAUUCGAUCCAUUUGAGGAACAGAAGCAUCAGGCGUUUGAAGACACGUUGGAGAUGACGUGCAUUGUUGCAGAGAAAAUGGCAGACAUGCUGCCGCAGAGUGACAAGGAUAAGAGAAAACAGGACUUUAUUACGCUGCUCAAGCUUUGUCUAUGGGCGAACCGCUGCGACUUGUCUCUGACCGCUGGUAAUGCGCUAGAGUUGAAAUCCGACGCGAACUCCGCGAUGGAUCCCUUCCAGAUGAUAAUAGAUUGGAAAGAUAAGAUUUUAGUGGACGAUUCCGCCAAAGCUGCUGACCAGGUUGUAGCGAAAGCUGAAGCUAUCGGAAAAGCUAUUGAAGGGAAUACGACGUUCAAGUUCCAAUGCAGUUGUCACCGGUUAGCCACUUUAGCCGGAAUGCCACUAAAACAAGAGCCGGCCGCGCUAUCCAACUCAGGCUCCCCGGUGAAGUCUCCGCCGCCGGAGCCCGAGGCGGCUGAAGAACUGCCCAAAGUUCCGUGUCCCGCCAAAAUGACCAUACCACAGGCCGUUAUAUUCGAUAUUGUGUGUGACAACGCGGGCUACGAGUUAUUCUGUGAUUUUUGUUUGGCACACUUCCUUGUCUCACAGAAAAUAGUACAAAAGGUCAGAUUCCACGUAAAGAGAAUACCUUGGUUCGUUUCUGAUGUCACGCCUAAAGAUUUCAAUUACGUUAUCCAAGCGUGCAGGGGAGCCAACUUUAGUAAAACGAUCACGCCGGAACCGAAACCAGCUCCCGCGGACGGUACGGAACCCCCCGAGCCGGACCCGCCGCGGCAGAUAUCAUCAAACGCGGUGCGGGAACUCGCGAACGCGUGGAGUUCGUACGUAGACGAUGGCACAUUCAUUGUCAUGGACGACGAAUACUGGACGUACCCGCACCCUUACAAGGACAUGAAGAAAUACUCGCCGCUGAUGUUCCGCAAACUGCAAUACGCGUGCGCGAUUCUGUUCAAAGGCGACCUCAAUUACAGGAAGCUGAUGGGGGAGAUGAACUGGCCCUCCACCCAGUCGUUUGAUGCUUCUUUGCAAGGUUUCAACCCGGCCCCAAUAAUAGCGGCGCGCACAGUCAAAACGGAACUGAUUUGCGGGUUGCCCAAAGGAAAAGCGGAUCUGCUGAACAAAGCGGACGAGAAGUGGAUGCAGGCUGGCAAUUACGGAGUAAUCCAAUUCAGCGGUAAAGCGGAACCACUAAAAGUGUCCGACCGGCCGUGCGAGGAUUACGGCGAAGUUUGUUUCGGCACUGUCUGCCCCGUACACUCGGACAUGUGAUAAUGAUCUUUAUACACAGUACUAUCACUUUUAUGAGUCGCCAGCAAUUUACGGCGCAGAAUAGCGCAACCUACCAAACCGAAUGAAAACUCAAUGAAUUAACGACCUUAUUGCAAGUAUAUUAAAUUUUAAAUCCCAAAACUAAAUUAUCUCAUUAUCUGUUCAGUUAGCGGGUUCAAAUGGAACACUCUGCCUCAGAGGCUUAACCUAAGUAAUUUUAUAUUUCAAUAUCUUUGUUGCAUAAUUAUUAUUGAAAUUUCUAUCAAUUGUAAAUGCGUUAUUUAGGUCUUAUAAACUUGUGAUACAUUUUGGAUAUUAAGUAGAGAGAGAUAUUAAAUUUAUCUUCUUGGCACAAUACCUGCUUACUUCUUGCUUCGUCCGCAUUACGAUUUAUAAAAAUUUUAGAUUUUUUUUUAAUAAGAAUUUAAUUCCACGUCAAGGAUGAAUGUCUUGUCUCAUUUUAACUCUUGCGUUUAUCUCUAAGAUAGAAAGAGACCAUUGCCUUGAGUGAAUAACUCUACAGACUAACUAAAUAAAUAAAAACAUAAUAAAAGGAAUUUUCUAGUCAUUUUAAGGAAAACAUGAUGUAAUAAAUAUAGUUUAAUUAAAGGAAGGAAAAUUUUGAUACCUACUUCAUUUUUGAACUGUAUCGCUUAACCUUUUUUUGUAUAAUGAUAUCCUAAAACGUAUUUCAUUGAAUUACUAGACUAUUUUUAAAUUUGUUCAAAAAUUAUUCGUAAUGACGGUUUGGGACCUCUAAAGAACCCAUGUGCAAAACAUUUAUAUUAGGUAUUGUACAAAAAUAUAUUAAUUUUAAAGAUACGAUAAACUCAUUUUUUGUUGUAAAAUACUUUUAUUUUUCCUGUUAUUAAUAAAUGUUUGGCAAUAUGCAAUUUUAUAUUUUCCUCGUUAUCAAAUAAAGUUUAUUAGAAUAAUU